AAGCGCGAAGCAAAUUUCUAAAUUUUACGAAUUUCUUAAUUUCACGAUUAAGUUAAAAGAAAACACAACUAUUUUAAGUUCUAAUUUAGCUUUUGUUAGUGAAUACAAGGGGGAAAGAUAGUCACAGUAUGUCGGAUGCAAAGAGUGCAAAGUUAACAUUGUCUAGUGUAUUAAAACGGACCAACAAAGCUGAAAUGAAAAUGCUUCUUACGAGUUGGGGAAAAUUGCCGCUAUGGAAAAUCAAUUUCAGUCAAACAAAGUACGAAUUAAUUCAGGAUAUUUGUCAAAUAUGCGAGGAGCAUGACCUCAGUGUGAAAUAUGCCAAUGAACUGGACCUCUUAUAUGUUGCUGAUUUUCCUCAUAAAAAAUAUUGGAGAGCUUAUAAGAUGACACAGCCUACUGGGAAUGUUCUCACAGAGGAGCAGUGCAAUGCAAACUAUAUUCGAAACGCCCUUGAGCAAAAACUCUAUGUUUCAUUUUCUUGUUCUGUAUCAGUGAUGGAAAAAGAACAUUUUCUUUGGGGUCGAGUUGGUAUACCAGAUAUAAAGCAAGUUGUUUAUUUCAUUCACUUUCCUACAUCUAAGUUCCUUCUCUUUACCAAGAGAAACAACAAACUAAAAUCUUUGGUCCAAAACGCAUUGAGGAGAAUUCUAGGUUUUAAAUCUAUUGAAGACUUACCCCUUAGUUCCCCACACCCCGCUGCAUUGGCACAGAUCUUACUCCACAGUAGUGACCCCCAUGAUUCAUAUGAAUAUGACAAAGGCCGGUAUCGACCUGUACAAAGAUUAGAGGAAGAACAUCCACUGAAAAAAACUGACAGUAGAGUUAAUAUAUGUGAUGCUGGUAAACUUGCAAGGAAUAAAAGGAUAUUAGAUCAUCAGUUUGGGGACAAAAUUCAACCCUGUUUGACCUCCUUGGUGCUUGAGACAGAAACACGUUUUCGGGGCACCAAGUACCUUCCAACUGUUCCAGGCAAUUCCAUCAUCAAAUGUAAAACCACCAUCAGUGGUCCAAAUGUACUUGAAGGGUUAAGAAAACUCGCUUUACUCGGUUAUGCCAAAGCUCCACUGCCAAGAUUCCUCACCAAUAUUUCAAAAACUGGUCGGCAAUGUUUUAAAAUCACAGACGCGGCAAGAGAUGAUGAAUCCAGACAUUCAGCAUAAAUUUAUGAUUUUUUUAGUAGUUUUUAGCAUGCAUUGGGAAAUUUGUUUCUUGGCUUUUACUUUGAAUUGUUUUAAAUUGUUAAAAAUAUGUUUUUUUAGUAUUUUACCAUGCGCAAGCACUGCCAUUUAAUUUUUUGUGUGUUUAGCUCGCUAUUUUUUAGUCCUAACUAUGUCUUUGGCGCUAUUUUUUAGCCCAAUUGAAAUAAAUAUAUUUUAUCGAU